AUGUUCUUCACUAAGAUUGCUGUGUCCGCUACCGCUCUUUUUGCCGUUGCUCAAGCCGGCUGGAUUACUUUCCAAAACGAAAACAAGCAGACGGAGGGUCUUCCUUGCGUCGGUGCCAUCUACGGCGACGACAACUUCCUUGUUUCUCGCUUUGACUGUGGUGCUACCGACUGGAACUCCUCGUUUUGCGGUAUUCACUGCUUCCCCUUUUCGGCCACUACAUGUGUCGGUAAGGUCCCGGCGGAUGUCAACAACGGUACUGGCAACGGUCUCUGGUAUGCCCCCCAUAGCGUCCAGAGUGCGUGUCAGUUCCUUGGCACCAUUGAUUCUCCCAGCAAGCCUUACGACAUGGCCGGUGUCAAUGUCACUUCUUGUGGAUACGUUGAUUGGCCUUCUAACCGUACGUGGGGCCCUACCGUCAGCGUUCCGCCUUUCCCUGUGACCACCAACGGCUGCUGGAACGUCUCUGACGACCCUAAGCCGAAGUUCCCGAAGCGUACUGGCCACUUCUUUGACGGUGCUCAGCCUCUUAACACCACUUGGUGUGAUGAUGGCUUUGCUGCGGAGUGUGGUGACAAUAAGGACCCGAUCUGCACUUACAGCUUUGACAACGACAUUAGGAUCAACUGCCAGAAGACGAAUAUGCCUAAAACUGUGAAGCCGAAGGAAGAUUGA